AUGUCCGGCCCAUUCUCCAGCCCCUUUGGGGAGAACAGUAACCCCUUCGGGACAGAUAGGGGCAAGAGGACAAACAAUGCAAUUCAUCGUGUUGCUGAGGAGGAGGAUGAGAACGACACCAUCACAUCUCCUACGAACGCUCGAUUUGGAGCAUCACCGAAUUCUGCCUCUAUGUUUUCCGGCCCCUUUGGUGGAGGCUUUGGCGGUGACUCUUCAACCGAAGCACCUCCCUCUUCAUCGCGAAAUAUUCCAAACCCCGAUAGCUAUCCGGCACAGUACAACUUCGGUCGCCGAACUUCCGUAUCUGCCGAAUCUUUGAAACCAAGUGCAGAUUCUUAUGAUAACUGGUCACCCCCUUUUCAUGAGAAGACUCCAGACCAGAUCGAGCGUCUCAAGCGUGCCAUUGAAGGCAAUUUCCUUUUCAGCCACCUGGAGGAUGAGCAGAGCGCUCAGAUACUAGGGGCCCUUGUUGAGAAACCGAUACCGGCCAAGGGUAUUAAGGUGAUCAGCCAGGGAGAUGCUGGUGACUACUUCUAUGUGGUUGAAAAGGGAUCUUUCGACGUUUAUGUCAACCCUAGCGGCUCAUUGCAGCCAGGCCCUGACGGUAUGGGCAAUCAAGUCGGUAACAUCCAGGCUGGUGGCUCAUUCGGAGAAUUGGCAUUGAUGUACAAUGCCCCUCGAGCUGCAACUGUAGUUUCCGCUGAGCCUGGAUGUACCGUAUGGGCACUCGAUCGCGUUACUUUCCGUCGCAUUCUGAUGGAGUCGACAUUUGCUCGGAGACGUAUGUACGAGAGUUUCCUUGAAGAAGUGCCCCUUCUUUCAAGCCUGAACCCGUACGAGCGCUCCAAAAUUGCAGAUGCUCUGGAAACCAAGAAGUUUGCUCCAGGAGAGAUCAUCAUCAACGAAGGAGAUCCAGGCCAUGCAUUCUUUCUGCUCGAAAGUGGCGAGGCGGAUGCAUACAUUGGUCAGCCUGAUAACAAGGUCCGCCAUUACCAGAAGGGCGACUACUUUGGCGAGCUUGCCUUGCUCAACGACGCCCCGCGAGCAGCUAGUAUCGUUGCUACGUCAGCAGUCAAGGUUGGAAGUUUGGGAAAGAACGCUUUCCAACGUCUGCUAGGCCCUGUUGAAGGUAUUCUACGACGGACCAAGUACCAAGGCGUUGCAACUGGUGUCGAGGAGAUGGAUCCACUUCACACCAGCUAG